UGGGAAGAUUAUUGGUGUAAAUAAGUCAUCUAAUAAAUAAAUAAAAAAAAAAAAAGUUCGAACGAUUAAUGAUUUGAAGAAAAGUCCAUUACUGAAAACACCAGUUGGAACCGGACCUGGGUGAAGGAGUUGCGGAGGACUAUUUUUGUGUGACACCUUGAAGAUUUAUGACAGUCGUUUUUUAAACUUCUCUGGAUAGCGGCAGACUUUAAAAAAACAAACAAACAUAUACCUCUAAAAAUUCAGUCCAUUAAAUUGAUCUUUAUGAUUAUUAUGAUUUAUUUGUUUUGUUUGGGUUUUUAUACGGGGGCGUUCACCCCGUGUUAGACUCAGCAGGUCUGCUGCUGCUGCUGGACCUGUCUCUUUAAGUUGAUGCUAAAGCCGAUUAUCACUGAUCUCCGCAAUUCAGUCUCCACAAUCUGUUCCCUGCAUCUAUUUUUGUGCUGAAGGCAAAACGAUCUUUUCACCGUCACUGUUUUUACUUUACCAGGACUGUCGGCACCACGUGCACCUGUCGAACUGUAAUUUUAAAGUUAAGCCUUUUUCUCCAGAAAACCGCCCUAAUGGGAAACACGUGCUGUGGGUCUGCACCGAGACCACAACUUUUUAUGCCGUGAUAAGCCUGGAUUACCUUUCCUUGCAAACGCCGAUAAAAACGCGCUCUCUUGGAGUGUCUCUCUCUCUUUCUCUCUUCCUCUCUCUCCCUCCCUCUCUCUCUCUCUCUCUCUCUCUCUGUGCGCUCCAUCCCAGUGCAGUCAGAUCAUCCAGGAGACAGGAUGCUACGACUCAUCUGACCGUUAGAAGUCCGUGAGGUCCUACGAUGCAGAAGAGCGUGCGCUACAACGAGGGCCAUGCUCUGCAUUUGUCGGUGGUUGCGCGUAAAGAAGGCACCAAACGCGGCUUCCUGAGUAAGAAAACCACGGAGAACAGCCGCUGGACGGAGAAGUACUUUGCUCUCUACCAGAACGUUCUCUUCUACUUUGAGAACGAGCAGAGCAGCAGACCCUCGGGCAUUUACCUGCUGGAAGGAUGCACCUGCGAGCGGGCACCGGCGCCAAAGGUGUCCGCCAUCAGCAAGGAGCCCACGGAGAGACAGCAGCACUAUUUCCAGGUCAUCUUCGGCCAUGAUGGACAGAAACCAUUGGAGCUGCGAACAGAAAAAGAGUCGGAGUGUAAUGAGUGGGUGGAGUGCAUCCAGCAAGUCGGCUACUCUGACAUUAUGGUAGAGCGGGAGAUCCUGAUGCAGAAGUACAUCCACCUCGUCCAGAUCCUGGAGACGGAGAAGAUCGCAACCACUCAGCUGCGCACACAACUGGAGGACCAGGGGACUGAGAUGGAACGGCUCAAAGCUGAAAUUACAGCGGUGAAUAAAACCAGGGAAAGAAUGCAGCCUUACCAGAAGAACCAGGAAGAAGAAGACCCAGACAUUAAGAAGAUCAAAAAGGUGCAGAGUUUCCUACGUGGCUGGCUGUGUCGUAGGAAGUGGAAGAUCAUUGUUCAGGACUACAUCUGCUCGCCUCACGCUGAGAGCAUGAGGAAGAGAAACCAGAUUGUCUUCAACAUGGUGGAGAUGGAGACAGAGUAUGUCCACCAACUGUCAAUCCUGGUGAACUGUUUCCUCAGGCCACUGCGCAUGGCUGCCAGCUCCAAGAAACCGCCCAUCAGUCAUGAUGAUGUCAGCAGCAUCUUCCUCAACAGUGAGACCAUCAUGUUUCUGCAUGAGAUCUUCCAUCAAGGUCUGAAGGCUCGUAUCGCCAACUGGCCUACUCUGGUUCUGGCUGACCUGUUCGACAUCCUGCUGCCGAUGCUGAACAUUUACCAGGAGUUUGUUCGUAACCAUCAGUACAGUCUACAGGUGCUGGCUAACUGUAAACAGAACAGAGACUUUGACAAGCUGCUCAAACAGUACGAGUCCAACGCUGCCUGUGAGGGCCGCAUGUUGGAGACGUUCCUCACUUACCCCAUGUCUCAGAUCCCCCGCUACAUCAUCACACUCCAUGAGCUGCUGGCACACACACCUCAUGAGCACGUGGAAUACAAGAGUCUGGAGUUUGCUAAAUCCAAACUGGAGGAGCUGUCAAAGAUGAUGCAUGAUGAAGUGAGCGACACAGAGAAUAUAAGGCAGAACCUUGCCAUAGAGAGGAUGAUAGUUGAAGGCUGUGACAUUCUGUUGGACACCAGUCAAACCUUUGUCAGACAAGGCUCUCUCAUCCAGCUGCCAUCCAGCAGUGAGCGAGGCGUGCUCAGUAAAGUCCGUCUGGGAUCUCUCUCACUGAGGAAGGAAGGAGAGAGACAGUGCUUCCUGUUUACCAAACACUUGCUCAUUUGCACUCGAGCUUCUGGAGGAAAGCUUCACUUGUUAAAGCAAGCAGGAACUCUGUCUCUGAUAGAGUGUACUCUUAUUGAAGAACUAGAUGCCAAUGACGAGGACUACAACGCAGCAGGUCAGGGCUUCAACCACCUGCAGUUCAAGGUUAUGGUGGAGCCUCCUGACAGUCAGGCCUUCUCUGUUGCUCUGUUGGCUCCUUCUCGACAGGAAAAAGCUGCGUGGACCAGUGACAUCAGCCAGUGCAUUGAUAAUAUCAGAUGUAAUGGCCUGAUGAGCAGUGUGUUUGAGGAGAACUCCAAGGUUUCUGUGCCACACAUGAUCAAGUCGGAUGCUCGUCUGCACAAGGACGACGUUGACAUUAGCUUCAGCAAAACUCUCAACUCCUGCAAAGUCCCCCAAAUCCGAUAUGCUAGUGUGGAGCGUCUGCUGGAGCGGCUCACAGACCUGCGCUUCCUCUCUAUAGAUUUCCUCAACACCUUUCUCCACACAUACAGGAUCUUCACCACGGCUGCUGUGGUCAUAGACAAGUUGGCUGACAUCUAUAAGAAGCCUUUUACCUCCAUACCUGUCAGGAUUGAGCAGCAUUCAUGUGACCGUCUGUCCGUCAUGUCCCUCUGUCCUGACUACAGUCUGAAGAUCACGCAGCUUGCUUUGGACCAGUCCAAGUCUCUGGAGCUCUUCUUUGCCACCAACCAGGGCGCAUGGGGAACCGACCCUCUUAACACAAAGUCUCCGAGGCUCUGUCGAAAAUUUUCCUCUCCUCCUCCCUUAGUCAUCCCGUCACGCACCUCCUCCCCGGUCCACAACCGAAAGCUGUCACUCGGGGCCAAAGCUGGGGCCUUGGACCUGUCCACGACACCUUGUUCUUCUACGGCCAACUCUCCUACUUCCAUCCACAGCCCAUGCCUUUCCUCUCCUCCUCCAAACUCAACCAGAUCACCCUCUGCUUUAACUUCUCCUCCACCCUUCCCCAGCCUCCCACAGGCCUCUGGGUUGUCGUCUCCACCCCACUCCAACACGAAGGCCCCUCUGGACUUCAACUUCGGCCCCAGCUCCUCAGAGUUAACUCCAUCCACAGGGGAGGUCAGCGGGGAACUGCCUCGCAUCGAUGCCAUUUGUGGAAAGCUGAAACGAAGCAUUCGCAGGGCUGUCUUGGAGACAGUAUCUCUGGACAAGUUCAUACCUGAAUCACCUUCCAGCAGUGAACCAGGGGAUGUGUCUCCCUGUCGAUCACCGUCCACGCCCAGGCAUCCCCGCUACCGACACACCGGAGUGACACCAGGAGAGAACUCACGAUGUACCAUGUCUCCUGCCUCUGCAUUUGCCAUCGCCACAGCUGCUGCAGGACACAGUGGCUCCCAUGGUUUAAAUAAUUACGAUAAAACCUGCGACAAGGAGUUCCUCAUCCGUCGAGCUGCAACCAACAGAGUUCUCAACGUGCUGCGACACUGGGUGUCCAAACACUCGCAAGACUUUGAUAUGAACAGGGAGCUGAAGUCUGGGGUGAUGAGCCUCCUGGAGGAGAUGCUACGAGAUCCAGACCUGCUGCCACAAGAGAGGAAAGCAACCACUAACAUAAUAAGUGCCCUUUCUCAAGAAGAUCAGGAUGAUGUUCAACUAAAGAUGGAGGAUAUCUCACAGACGAUGGAACAGAAAGGCUUCCCUCUGCUCCGUUUCAUUGUGGCAGAGAGUCAUAGAGCAGAGUGUUUUGAGUCUCUGUCAGCGAUGGAACUGGCUGAACAGAUCACACUGUUGGAUCACCUUGUGUUCAGGAGUAUUCCCUACGAGGAAUUUCUGGGACAGCGCUGGAUGAAGAUCGACAAAGCAGAGAGGACGCCGUACAUCAUGAAGACCAGCCAGCAUUUUAAUGAUAUGAGUAACCUGGUGGCAUCUCAGAUCAUGGCACAAACAGACCUAGGCUCCAGAGCCAGCUCCAUUGAGAAGUGGUUGGCGGUGGCAGAUAUCUGUCGCUGCCUCAACAACUACAACGGUGUGCUGGAGAUCACCUCUGCCCUCAACCGCAGUGCCAUCUACAGGCUGAAGAAGACCUGGGCCAAAGUCUGCAAACAGACAAAGUCUCUCAUGGACCGGCUCCAGAAAACAGUGUCAUCAGAGGGAAGGUUCAAGAAUCUCCGAGAGACGCUGAAAAACUGUAACCCUCCAUGUGUGCCGUACCUGGGCAUGUACCUCACUGACCUGGCUUUCAUUGAAGAAGGAACACCCAACUUCACAGAGCAGGGCCUGGUCAACUUUUCCAAGAUGAGGAUGAUUUCACACAUCAUCCGAGAGAUCCGUCAGUUCCAGCAGGGACCCUACAGAAUAGAACACCAACCCAAGGUGACUCAGUUCCUUCUGGACAAGACACUGGUAAUGGAUGAGGAUGUCCUCUAUGAACUGUCUCUGAAGACUGAACCCAGAGUGUCCCCGUGUUGAAGCCAACUCAUCCUCCCAUCAUCAUAGAUGUCUUUAUGUCCUUUUUUAUCUGUGAGUACGUAGUGAUACAACACUGCCCUCAUCUGUUUACAUUUUUACUGUGCAUUUAGAGUUUUUGGAUUGUAUCAUAGUAUUUUCUGUUGGAAUUUACUUUGUUCUAUUUUGUCUCUACAAGUUGCUCUACAGCAGGGAUUUUAUGUUGAGUCUCUAAUGACCAGAUAAGACUGUGUCAGACCACUGCCAUAACUGUAUCAUACAGUAAUACUGCAGUUGAAAGUACUGCAUAAACCAACAUACCAUAAAAAACAUGCUGCUGUUACGACUCUCACAUCAGCUUUUAUACUGUAGCUCAGGGCUGGGGAAUUAAUUCAUGAUUUUCCUAGGGGAAAUAAGCCACAAACACAUCAUGUUUAUUAUUAUUGAUACAGUAUAUCAAAAUCCUAAAUAUGAGGAAUGUUUAAAUAUACACCUCGUCCUGUCCAGCUGAAAUGUCUUCAACCCAUAUUGUUACAGUUUCCCUGGAGAGGGACAAGAACACACACUAUCAGUAAAUGACAUAAUAGUUGCCUUCAAAAUAAAAGCCUUGCAGUUGUAUUCUUUGCACAUAUCACAGUGCAAUAGGUGGUGUAGUUACACAUUAUUAUGACUUUUAAUUUAAUAACAGUCUCACAUAUGCUGGUCAGAGAUGGUCUGUUGUGGCCCACGGGCCGUAUAAUGCCCUCUUUAUAACCAGCAGUCUUCUCAAAGAAACCGUUGGCAGGUCACAGUGAGCUGUGUCCUCAGGAGGUUACAUUUCAGUUGGAGAAUUCUUUCUUGGUAGAAAAUCUUUAACCACUUUUUGUAUGUAAUAAAAAUUUAUUAAUAAUUAAUAUUUUUAAAUUUAACAGGAAGUUUAACAAUAAUGACCAUAACAGAUGUAAACCCAUGUUUACGCAGCUCUGGAAAAUCAAAGUUGAGAAAACAAUUUAAAAAAAAAAUAUUGAUAGCAGUGAAUUUAAAUGUGGGCUUAUUUGAACCCAUUGUCAGCUGUGAUGUGUGGGUUUUAAUGGAAGGCCUGGAGGCCGAUCUGGGUUGAAAGAAAAAACUGGGCUUAAACUUAAUUUAACCUUUUUAUUUUUUAUGUCAAACCCCAACUUUCACACUUUUACAAUUUUCAUUUACAUUUGUUUUCACUGUAAUUAUCGGUGUCUUGUUUUUUUAUAUUUACUUACAUACGUCCCUAAAUAUUUUUUAUUAGUGAACUUUUUAUGUCUCUGCACUGGUCAUUUCUGAUAAAUGUGUGUAUAUGUUAAAGCUGUGUUUCCCAACCUUUUGAGCCAAAAACGUAUGUAAUGACUCAAUUUACUCACAAUCGACUCAGUGUGAGACUUAGGCCUGUUUAGUUGAACAAGGUACUGAUAUACUCUCAGGAAUUAAAGAAAGAAACUUCAGUUUCAUUUAUAAUUGUUUAGUGAGUAACUGUCACAAUGACAAAGACAAAUGAUUUCAAGUAAAUAGAUAAUCGUUUGCAGACAAAUUAACACACUCCUGUGCCACGGGAACCACUGCUCUAAACCUGUGUUGCUUGGUUGGUUGACUUAUAAAAUAGGUCACGUUCUUAUGUUUUCUACAUAUUACUGUUAUUAAGUUAAAAGACUGUUACUUACUUGUGUCUAGGUUUGAUAUUAUUAGUAGUAUUUCUUUGUACUACUCCAGGUCUCAGAGAUAUUUGGCACUGAUUACUGUAUAAGACAACCUCUUUCUGACGUGCUGUAUUUGUCAAUAUUCUGACUUUGUUGCUCUCAUUAUAUUUUAUAUUUCUCUAAUGCUCAGAUGCUCAUUCUUUAAAAUAAAAGAUGGGAAUUGAACGGCAA